UGUGUGCAGGCAGUGGAUAUUCCUGGAUUCAAGACAGUUCCAUGCAUCAGAACUCAACUUCCAGCAAUAGAAGGAUGCAGGGGUCCAUUGUCUUUGGUGUUUCCCUCAACACCUGCACCGGUCUCUUCCGUGGAGGACCUUUACGAAUUUAUUUGCUCGGGUCCUCUUAUAAGCAAGUUGGGUUUGACCUCGGAAAGGAUUGCUGACUCAAUCAACAAGUGGUUAUCAUAUGGCUUGCGCUUGUGCCGAUUGUUUCAGCUUAAUGAAUUGUACCUUACUGCUCCUCAGAAAGCAAGGUUUUAUCACUAUUAUAUACCGGUCUUUGUAUGGUGUGAAGAUAAGAUUUCUAAGCACGUGUCCCAGUUCAAAGACUCGGAAGAUAUACCUCCUUUAGUGAUUGGUUUUAGUGCUCCACAAGGUUGUGGAAAGACCACACUUGUCUUUGCUCUUAGUUAUAUCUUCCCGACGACUGGCAGGAAGUCCGAAUCCAUAGAUGAUUUUUUUUUAACGGCAGAGGGUCAUGCCAAUCUAAAAGAAGCCAAUCCAGGAAAUGCGCUUCUAGAGUUUCGAGGAAACACUGGGAGUCAUGAUCUUCCAUUCUCAAUUGAAACACUGUCUGCUUUAAGCAAACUGAAGAAAGCAGGUAUGAAGAUGAGGCUGCCUCAAUAAGAUAAAUCUGCAUACAGUGGAAGAGGUGACAGAGCUGAUCCUUUAACAUGGCCAGAGGUUGAAGCACCAUUAACAGUGGCUCUAUUUGAAGGUUGGAUGCUUGGUUUUAAACCACUUCCAGUGGAAGUCGUCCAAGCAGUUGAUCCUCAGAUAGAGAUCGUAAAUAAGAAUCUUGAAGCUUAUUAUGAUGCAUGGGACAAGUUCGUUGAGGCAUGGGUAGUCAUCAAGAUUCAGGACCCUAGUUGUGUCUACCAAAGGUGCUUGCAGGCAAAGAUUGCCAUGAGGGAGGCAGGCAACCCCAGGAUGACUGAUGAAGAGGUCAAAGAUUUCGUUUCUCGUUACCGACCGGCGUACAAGGCUUACCUUCCCACCCUUUAUGCUGAAGGACCCAGUGGUUCACAUCAAGAGAAUCUCCUCCUCAUCGAAAUUGAUGAAGAUAGAAAUCCUAUCCUAGGUAAUUAGAUGACUAUUUCAGAGCGAAGAUUGAUCUGAAUGGCCUUUUUUGAUUUCUUCAAGUGGUGUAAUGCAAUUUUUUGCAUGGGCGCCUGUUCUUGUCUGCAUCAUUAAGGGGAACAUUCCUAAGUAAAUGCAUAAAUGUAAUCUAAUUGUACAAUGUAACAUAACAUGGUUUCUCAAAUGAAUGGAAAAUCUUGUUAAGCCCCGUGUUA